GGCAUCGAGAGCACAACAGCGAUUGAAGCUGUGGGUAAGAAAAGAGACUAAUUUAUAGCCCAAUUAAUGAUCGUUUUCGUCAAUUGUAAAUUAACAAAGUAUACACUUCAGGAUUAUUUAGUCGGAUAAAUGACAAGUUAAUUCUUUUCAGUUUAGUGUAUAUCCAGCAGUGAACCCGUGGCCGAACACACAUUGAAUUGUCAGUUAGAUAUAUUUUUUUCUUUUUUAAUCUUUGAGAUAAUGAGCAAUUCUAAGGGCAAACAGUACGACGGCCUUACCCGUUUGCAUCAGUAGUGUGUGUGUCUGUUAUGCCCACAAGUGGGUCCUCCUUUUUAGUUCCCGAUCUUAAAGGCGCACCUCCGCUAUUACUGGUUUAGGUCAAUUCUGUUCCAAACUCAUUUCUCUACAGUGUAAGAACCUUUACUUAUACUCCUGUAGAGUCAUGAAAAUGAUAUCUAAUAAACUUCAUCUGGGAACACUAACCAUAUUUGUUGCUGAUUUUUGUCCACAUCCCAGUAAAAUGUGAACAUGUUGGCCAGACGUUUCAAGUUUCAAUCCAGGCCAAUACUUGACAUCCUUAGCAACAGACGAUAGGGAACAAUCGCCAUGCCAAAAUGUAGCCGUUUAGAAUCAACAAACUGGAUCUGUUGUUUUUGCAUCAAUUGAUGUAAAAACAUUUUUAACUUUGCAAAACUGAAGCAAAUAGCGUGACUUACCAUUUACCAUUUACUGGUCAAUAUUUCAUAAAACAUCGUCACUACCAGCUUUAACAGGCAGUAAUCACCUUGCAUAAAAGAGAGAUUUCACCUUACGGGCCUGAGUGUUAGGAGACAAAGGUUCAGGGAACUCACAUUAAUUGCUCUUUUUUUGCAAACAAAGAUUGUACAGGAAUGUAUUGUCAAACUAACAAACUUCCUAUCAUUUUAGAAAUGGCAACACUGCGCUUCCUGGUCCUCUGCUUUGCUCUGUCCCUUUUCUACUUGCUAGACGUAGAUGGACGGAGAAUCAGUGGAUAUAGAGCAGGUGCGCUUAAAAAGAUUGGGAAUAACUUCCUUAAACGAGCUGAUUCAACUAGAAUGUUAGCCACAGGAUCAUCCUUGACAUCAGUGUAUGUAGGUGGUACGGGUAUCUGGUGGAGAUCUGGUAUAAUUGCUGCGAUAUCCCAAAUGGAGCAAGGAGAGCAAGAAGCAGCAAUGGAAACACUCCAUAUCGCUAUGGCAACCCUUACAGUUUUCGAUACAACACAAGCAACAGUGUCCCCCAUUGCAUCUGAACUGAUUUAUCAGUUGGUAAAACACAAAGGAUUCCGUCAGACAGUCGCUGGAUUCAAGGAGUACAACAAAGUAGUAACAGAAGCUGUGGUCGGUGGUAGUGCAGAUGAC